CCUCGCUUGGUGGCUGCCGAGCUGCCUUGUUGAAGUGUAGAGGCGUUUCGUCGUUUCCGGUGUUUGCGUUGUUUUUACUACGCUCAAAUGCAGCUUUUCCACGUGGGUUUGAAGAAGAGGAGCCAAAACAAAACCGGGUUGUUCAGGGUACAUGCUGUGGUUAUCCUGCGGUAACAGGAUGGAACCCCACCCCAAAUUUACCUUUGGAUACCAAUACUGAUGACGCCACACACGUACUAAGAAGAUGGAACAAAGAAGGUACAAAGAAGAAGGAAACGUUUUUCUUCAGGAAGAUGAAACAUUUGUCAUGUAAAGAGAUCCAUCAGCUGGCUGUGCUAAGCUAUUCGCUGCUGUAGUCUAUAGCAUCCUUUUCUGUAUUUAUCAAUGUCCCUGUUGAAAAGGAAUGUUACUGUGAAUUGUCAGGUGGCUAUAACUUACGGAAUCAUAAAGUAACGACCAUCCACACAUUCUAAGGAAGUCUACAAACCUCCACCCCUGGACCGCAGUAAAGGUGCAAGCCCACAGAAAUCCCUUUGUUCCAUCUGCUGGUUGAGCCACCUGAGCUGACUGCUCUUCCCAUCAACCUCGCAUGGCUCCUUCUUUCCCUGAAACCUGUUUCCGUGAAUCAGCAGCGCCCCACAAAGCAUUUCCCUUCCUGAGAUUCCAAGGAAGUCUUGGAACUCAAAGAACUUGAAGAGGGAGUCUGGCCAAAUAGAGAUUUUUGAGCCGUGGUAGGCUUAUUGAAGCAGAUUUGUAGCACAAACAUAAACCAAAGUCCGUGUUCUUAAAAGCAGCAAUUUUCAUGAUAGGACUAAGAAACAUCAAGGUUUAAAAGAUAAAUACCUUGGAACCUUCAGAAGAGCAACAUGGGAGAAACUGAGAAAAGAAUUGAAACCCAUAGAAUAAGAUGUCUUUCCAAGGUGAAGAUGUUCCUAUUGGCAUUGACAUGUGCUUAUAUAUCCAAAACACUAUCUGGGGCUUAUAUGAAUUCCAUGCUCACACAAAUAGAGAGACAAUUCAACAUCCCGACAUCUCUAGUUGGAUUUAUUAAUGGGAGCUUUGAGAUUGGAAAUCUUUUGUUGAUUAUAUUUGUGAGUUAUUUUGGAACCAAACUUCAUAGACCUAUAGUGAUUGGUGUUGGAUGUGUGAUUAUGGGCUUAGGAUGUUUCUUGCAAUCGCUACCUCAUUUCCUCAUGAAUAGAUAUGAAUAUGAAUCUACAGUUUCAGUUUCAGGCAACUUAUCCUCAAACAGUUUUUUGUGUGUGGAAAAUGGAACUGAGAUUUUCAAGCCAACAGAAGAUCCAUCAGGGUGUGUGAAGGAAGUGAAAUCAUUAAUGUGGGUGUAUGUACUGGUAGGAAAUAUUAUACGUGGAAUUGGUGAAACUCCCAUCAUGCCUUUGGGCAUUUCCUACAUAGAAGAUUUUGCCAAAUCUGAAAACUCUCCUUUAUAUAUAGGGUUUAUAGAAACAGGUGCUAUCAUUGGUCCAUUGAUUGGACUUUUGUUAGCAUCAUUCUGCGCAAAUGUUUACGUUGACACUGGAUCAGUGAACGCAGAUGAUCUGACCAUAACUCCCACUGAUACACGUUGGGUUGGUGCAUGGUGGUUUGGCUUUUUGAUUUGUGCAGGAGUGAAUGUGCUCACUGCCGUUCCCUUUUUCUUUUUGCCCAAAACACUUCCAAAGGAAGGACUAAAGGAUAAUACUGAUAUCAUUAAAAAUUACAAGGAGGAGAAACAUGAAAAUGAAAUAAAAAAGGAAGAGGACACAAUCACUAAAGAUUUUUUACCUUUCAUGAAAAGUCUUUUAUGCAAUCCAAUUUACAUGCUUUUCAUACUUAUAAGUGUGAUACAGUUCAAUGCAUUUGUAAAUAUGAUCUCCUUCAUGCCUAAAUAUCUGGAACAGCAAUAUGGAAAAUCGUCGUCAGAUUCGAUCUUUCUAAUUGGUAUUUAUAACUUACCUGUAAUAUGCAUUGGAUAUAUAGUUGGUGGUUUAAUUAUGAAAAAGUACAAACUUACUGUCAAACAAGCUGCCCACAUAGGAUGCUGGUUAUCUUUACUUGAAUAUCUUCUCUAUUUUUUCGCUUUUCUCACCGUCUGUGAAAAUUCUUCAGUUGCUGGAAUAACCACUGCUUAUGACGGAAUGCAACACAAUUUUUCCAUGGGAAAUACUGUUUUUGCUGACUGCAACAUGGACUGCAACUGCCCAAAUAAAAUAUGGGAUCCUGUUUGUGGAGACAAUGGUUUAUCCUACAUGUCAGCUUGUCUUGCUGGUUGCAAGACAUCUACUGGGACAGGAAUAAACAUGGUGUUCCAAAAUUGUAGCUGCAUUCAAACAUCAGAAAAUUCAUCUGCAGUUCUUGGGCUGUGUGAAAAAGGACAUGACUGUUCCAUGAUGCUCCAGUACUUUUUAAUAUUGUCAGCUGUCAGCAGUUUCAUUUAUUCUUUAGCUGCCAUACCUGGAUAUAUGGUUCUUCUGAGGUGUAUCAAGUCUGAAGAGAAGUCUCUUGGUGUGGGAUUACAUACAUUUUGCACAAGAGUAUUUGCUGGAAUUCCCGCACCUAUAUAUUUUGGAGCUUUAGUGGACUCAGUAUGUUUACACUGGGGAACCUUGAAAUGUGGUAAACCAGGGGCAUGCAGGAUAUAUGAUUCCACCAACUUCAGAUACAUCUACCUUGGAUUGCCAGCAGCCCUAAGAGGAUCAAGCUAUAUUCCAGCCUUAUUGAUCCUAUUUCUUUUGAGGAAGCGUAUUCUACCUGGUGAAAAUGUCUCUUCGGGAAUUGUGCUCACAGAGGCAAAGACUAUGGGGAAGGAAAACGAAUGCAAAGAAAUGCACCCAAAUUCCAAAGUUUUGAAUGAUGAUGAAGUGAAAACUAAACUGUAAUGCCCUGUCAUACCAUGCUUCUCAGAGUUGAAGAAUACACUGUACAACUUAGCUGUUUCUAUAUCAAUAGUUACCUUAGGUAGAGGUACUCUAUGGUGCCUUUUUCUUGGGCUUAAGAACCUCAAAAGAAAACAUUUAUUCAAGGUAAAAAUGUCCAUUGAUAGUAUUUCUGAGGCAUUGAUGGCAUUCGAGAUUUUCUGCAGAGGACAUUUGUAAAACCCUUGAAACAGGAUUUAGAGCCAGGAUUAUUUUUAUGUUAAAAAAACAAUUUCUCCCUUAACUCAUGCAUCUCUUUUUCCACGUCCCUUUUCCCACAUCUCCUCUCCCAAGUGGUUCUGAAAAUUACUUGUUGUGAAAAUUAUUUAAUUCCGUGGAAUUUCUGCUUUGGUACUGGGGUUAUCCAAAGACUGAAAUUCUUAUUUUACUUAUGAGAAAAUUUUAAUAUUUUAUGUGAAUUUAUCAUUUCUAUGUGAAAGAACCCCACAUCUUAUUCUAUUCAGGAAUUAUUCUUUAAAUCUUCAUAUUCAUUCCAGAUAUGAUUGUUUUAAAAUAGAUUAGUCAUUAAUAUAUCUCUUGCUUUCAAUUCUUUCUCCACUUUAUCACUUAUGUUAUAUAUUUGCUCAUUUUUGUUCAGAACACUGACAAAUUUAAUCAGGUUAUUAAAAGUCAUGUAACAAAGAUUGUUGGUAUUUUUUCCCAGUGAUUCCAACCCUGGCGAUUAAACUCUCCCUUAAAAAGAAAUGUCUGAAUCAAAAGUGAAAGGUAAUACUAGGAAAACACUACAGGCUGCUUUCUUGUAAUUUCAGAUAUUGUCUAAGAUACUGUUUUCUAGAUUCUUGAGGCCUCCUCAGACCCAUGUUUAUGCCACCUAUGGUGUCCUAAGUUGGAACACAAUCACUAAUUUUCCAUAAAUCUUCUUAGAGAAUGAAGAUUUUAAAAUGUGGCUUUUGUUAGGAAACUGAGGUCAAUAAAAUUCAAGACACAUUUAAAAUUAGAUUUGCUUUUAUUAUUAUUUUUAAAUUCAAGCACAGAUUUUAGAGGUAUAAGUAGUCUUACUGGUAAUACGGGUUUCAGGUUUCAGAGCGUAGAAUGAGAAGACAUGUACUACUCCCUGUUGUCCCUACCUAUUCUCCAUCAGAUUGAAAUGGCAGUCAAUAUGUAAAAAUGAUACGAAUCCCUAAUGCUAAGGAAAUGUGGGGCAGGAGGGCAGGAGAAGGGGUUGUCAAUAUACUAUAGUUAUUUCUGUGUAAUGUAAAGGGAAUGGGAAUGCCUCUGGAUUCACAGUGGUGGAAGGUGUCAUCCAGAGCGUACUCUGAAUGUGCCU